UCUCCAUCGUUCCGUCGCAUCGGGAAUCGCCAUGUCGCAGCGCCUGCGUUGGGCGCGCUUUCUGCAGAUGCCGGAGCCGGAGGAGCCGCCGGAGCCCGACGUGGAGCCCAAGCGGUCUCGAGGCCACCUGCGGCUGCAGUUCCCAGAGCUCGUGAUGGACCUUUGGGAACGCGGCACCGGGCACACGGGGCACCACGCGGGGCACCCGGGGCACGCGGGGCACGAGGAGGCGCAGGUGCAGCACGUGGGCCAUCGAGAGAUGACGCACCUGGAACAUCAUCAUGGAAGCCAUGAAGACAGCAUGAGCGACCUGGGUCUGGCGCUGAUUUCCUCCGGCACCACCAUAUUUCUAGCCAUGAUCAGUGCCAUCUUCGCUAUGCGCCUCUUUCGCGAGAUGCUGCGGCCACAGGCCACAGGGGCGCAAGGUGGGCAGGGCGACAUGCAAGGUGUGUUGCAACUGGAGGUCCCGGGCGUGCAACCCUUUCGGCCCUUUUCGGGACAAGGGCAUCGGCUGAUCAUGGAAGCCGACAAGGACGACGCCUCUGGCGGAGCUGCUGCCAGUGGGGAGCGGGAGCCCCGGUGAGGCUACGCCGCCGCUGUUUCAACGUUUCAACCCGAGCUGGGUGGGUGGCCAGAUGUCAAAUCAAC